AUUUAAUUGUUAAAAUGAGAGUGUUCGUGGAUUACCGUAAGAAGUCAGUCGAAUUCGAUGUCAAGGAGACCAUGACUGUGAGUGAGUUGAAGGAUCGCAUUGAAUCGGAAUUGCAUCUCAUCAAAGUGCGUCAAGCUCUCAAGAUCAUGAUCACUGAGAAAGAGCCUCUCCGUCUGACGGACGACAAGAAGACGCUCGCGGACUACAACGUCAAGAUGGAUGCCCAUAUCAUUUUGCGCGAUAUUGGUCCUCAAAUUGGCUACCGCGAUGUGUUCGUGUUCGAAUACGCCGGUCCUUUGGUCAUCAUGCUCAUUCUUGGCAUGCAGCCCAGUUUCAUCUACGGAUCCGCUCCGAAGCACAUGACUGAGCAAGCGCGUCUUGCCGUGAUCGCCUGGGUGCUGCACUACGCCAAGCGUCUGUUCGAGACCUUCUUCGUUCACAAGUUCUCUCACGGCACCAUGCCCAUCACCAAUCUCUACAAGAACUGCACCUACUACUGGGGAUACGCGCUCUUCGUGGGCUACACGCUCUGCCACCCUCUGUACACUCCCGUCUCCAGCUGGACCAUCGUUUACGGAGCACUCAUCGCCAUGUUCAUCUGCGAGUGCAUCAACGGUGCCGUGCACCUGCAGUUCAGCCGAAUGCGCAAAGCGGACGGAUCGCAGGAGAGACCCAUUCCCAAGGGUAUUCUUUUCCAAUAUGUCUCCUGUCCCAAUUACUGUGCUGAGGUCUGCUCGUGGAUCUGUUUCACGGUUAUGACGCGAUCUUUCCCGGCGCUUUUGUUUACUCUGACCGGAUUCCUUCAGAUGUACGUGUGGGCGGUGAAGAAGCAUAAGGGAUAUCUGAAGACCUACGGAGAUGAGUACAAGAAGCUGCAUCGCAAGGCCAUCAUCCCUUUCCUUUUGUAAUUGGUUUUUUUAUUGGUUUGU